ACGUGGCACUAACGUGGUUCAAUCUCUAUGAAUCGAUCAAACCUCAUCUACAAAGAAAAACUGGGAAGUAUUAUUCGUUUUAUUGCGUUUUUAAAACUGGGUCUUUGCUUCGUAAAAUCAUUGAGGGACGCAGUGAAGCAAAAGAAAAUCGUACGAAAUGAAAAAGCACACAAAAUUUCAAGAAAUUUCUCACUAAACAAAAUGUCAAACGUCUCGCUGACCGACUGGAAAUUUUCAUACGCAUCGAGGCAUGUAUGUCAAUCUUUCCCAAGGUCACUCGACUUCCAGUUUGUGCCGAGAGAAUCGUCCCCUGAUCAACGCCCUCUAUUGAGCAUCGUUUGUUUCAGUGAGUUUGAUUAAAUGGAGAGUGUCGACGCUGUCGCGUCGUGACGUGUAGUUCACAAUUUUUGAAUCGCCAGUUGCAACAGAAUGGAAUACUUUAAAAGCAGCUUGAAGUCCGUCUUGGGUUCUGCAUCUGUGGAGAACGAGCCAUCAGGCGCUGACACGGUAGAGCGACUGGUGGACAGAUUACAGUCGUCGACGUUGUUGAACGACAGACGAGAUGCUUGUCGAGCGCUCAAAGCUCUUUCACGCACAUAUCGCGUCGAGGUAGGAGCCCAGGGUAUGGACGCAUUGCGACAGAUUUUAGAAAUGGAUAGAACUGACUGCGAGAUCAUUGGUUUGGCCCUUGAUACACUUUGCAACAUAACAAGUCCCAAAACGUUCGACGAGGAAGUGGAUAAACAUGGACCCAACAACAAAGUAGGAGAGCAAUUCACGGAAAUAUUCAUCAAAAAUGCAGAUAGCGUUGGAUUAGUUCUGGCGCUUUUAGAAGAAUUUGAAUUCAAAGUCAGGUGGCCAGCGAUAAAGUUACUGAUGCAUUUGUCAACUAACAGAUUAAAGGAUAUUCAAGAAAUAAUCUUAGUCAGUCCCAUGGGUGUUUCUAAACUGAUGGAUCUCCUCGGUGAUAGCAGAGAAGUCAUACGUAACGAUGUCUUGUUACUUCUUAUUCAGUUAACGAAAGGCAAUGCAAAUAUUCAGAAAAUUGUCGCGUUUGAAAAUGCAUUUGACCGCAUUUUCGAUGUCAUCGCACAAGAGGGCAAUGUAGAAGGUGGUAUUGUCGUGGAAGAUUGUUUGUUGUUAAUGUUAAAUCUUCUAAGGGGUAAUAUAAGUAAUCAGAAUUUUUUUAAAGAAGGUAGUUAUAUUCAAAAAUUAACGCCAAUGUUUCAAAUAUCGUCCGAACAUGACGAUAAUCCCCUAAGCACAUGGAGCCCACAAAAGGUAUCGAAUGUUCAUUGUAUGGUUCAAGUGAUUCGGGCAUUAGUGGCACCGAGUGGACCUGCCCAGGCAGUAUCAAAUUGUCAACGGAUUAUGAGAGCUUGUGGUCUUCUACAAGCUCUUUGCAACAUAUUGAUGGCUAGUGGCGUACCUGCAGAUGUAUUGACUGAAACCAUUAAUACAGUGGCUGAGGUUAUUAGGGGAAAUUCCAGUAACCAAGAAUUUUUGGCUGAAGUAAUGGCACCCAGCAAUCCUCCUAGGCCAGCGAUCGUUGUCUUACUCAUGUCCAUGGUAAACGAAAAACAAUCGUUCGCUUUGAGAUGUUCCGUUCUCUACUGUUUCCAAUGUUUUUUGUAUAAGAAUGAAAUGGGCCAGAGUCAGCUUAUUCAGACUUUGUUACCCCAGGGAAACGAAGUGCCAUCGUUAACGACAGGACAGUUGUUAUGUGGAGGUUUAUUUUCCUCGGAUUCUUUGUCAAAUUGGUUUUCCGCCGUGGCACUGUCCUAUGCAUUGAUCGAGGACAACACGCAGAAGGAACAACUGUUGCGCGUGCUACUCGCAACAAAUAUCGGAAAGCCGCCAGUGACGUUAAUGCAACAAUGCGUCAUGCUACUGCAACAGGGCAGUAAAGCACAGUGCAAAUUAGGUCUCCUAAUAUUACUUUGCAGAUGGACUGCGCACUGUCUAGCUGCUGUUAAAUCAUUCCUGCUUAUCGAUUCGUCUAUAGCUUAUUUAACAGCUUUAUUGUCGUCGCAAGAGAAUAACGAUGAUUUGCAAGAGACAUUGUUGCAAAGUAUGUGCGCCAUGCUUAUUGGAUUGUGCGUGCAUUUCAAUGACAACAGUAUUUCUAAUUAUACAAAGGAAAAGCUAUGUAAUUUAAUCGAAAAUAGAAUCGGAUUAGAAAGGUUUCAAGAUGCUAUUGGUGGCCUUGCUAGACACGAGGUGUACUCUAGAACUUUAAAACAUCCUCAACCUUCAGCAAAGAAUCCUUCGGAACUUUUACUAGACCAUGAAUUUUGUAGACUAUCGAAAACGUUAGAAGGAGUGAUUAUAAAGUCGGUUCUGGAUGGAAGUAGCUUGCAUCAAAAAAACGAGAUCGCGACACCGAUAUUGCCAGACUCUGUUUUGAUAACUCAAUAUAAAGACGUCAUUCGAGAACAAAGUUCUCAGAUACAAAAGCUAAACCAACUCACGGAAUCACUUGUCAAAGAAAAGAACGAACUUGAAGCGCAAGUACAUGAUCUUCGAUCAUCAAUCAGUCACUUGAAGGAUCAAAAUUUGGUUUUACGCGCGGCACAGACGAACUUGAUGCCGGAAGAAAGUGACUCGAUCAACGUCACGACCAACGAAGGUUGCACAAAAGAGGCGGAGAAAUAUAAAACUGUGAUUACAGAGUUGGAAAUUCGUUUAGUAGAAUACGCUUCGAUGGUAAAGAAAUACGAAACUGACUUUGAACGUAAAUUGAAAGAGAAGUCCGAGGAACUAGAGAAAUUGAAGAAAGACCAAGAAGAUCUUUUGGAACUUUUAGCAGAGGACGAAAGUAAAAUUAUGCGCUACGAGGAAAAAUUGGCUGCAUUAGGUGAGAAGGUACGCGAAGAUCGAGACAGAUGAAAGUUCGAUUGAAUUGGAUACCGACGAUCAAGCAGAAUGCAAUAAUUCCGUCGAACGUAUUGACCGAUUGAUAUCACCUUAAAAAUUCAGAACGAUAUUAUAACAGAGUAAUUUAUAUAACUAUAAAAUAACGCAGUCAAAAAGAGAUUCUUA